GUCACCGCAUGUGUUUUUUUUUAACCUCACUUUCCUCGUAAAAAGUGUAUUCGGGAAAGAGAUCCAAGAAACAGGGCAGACCUUUUAAUUCCCCGGUAUCUCUUGCCUGUAUCUGUCUUCAAUUAUUAUUCUUUCUCAGUCUCUCCGCUCCAAACAUGCCUCAGGGAACGCUUGAAGUUGUUCUUGUUAGUGCCAAGGGCCUUGAGAACACAGAUUUUCUCAGUAAGAUGGAUCCUUAUGUGAUCCUCGUUUGCCGUACCCAGGAGCAGAAAAGCAGUGUUGCGUCAGGAAAAGGGUCUGAUCCGGUGUGGAAUGAGAAUUUUGUAUUCAAUGUCUCCGAAGGUGUUUCUGAACUCAAAUUGAAAAUAAUGGACAGUGAUUUUGGUUCUCAUGAUGAUUUCGUGGGAGAAGCAACCAUUCCUCUUGAGCCUGUAUUUGUGGAAGGAAAACUUCCCCCAACUGCAUAUAACGUUGUCAAGGAUGAAGAAUAUCGUGGGGAGAUUAGAAUUGGUCUCACUUUCACCCCAGAGGAAAGUUACACCAGGGAUUUUGAAGUUGAAGAAUCUUUCGGAGGGUGGAAGCAGUCUUCAUACAUGGACUAGGCCACCAAUUGCGGUUUCCAUUUUAAUUUCUGUUUCAAUAACUUAUUUCGAAGUUUGAUUUGGUUGAAUGAUAUUAUUGUGUACUCCUAUACAAUCGAGUUCAACGAUCUUGGGUUUAUUGCGGUUAAUUGAUACACUGGAAAAGUUAUUUUGUUGAAAAGUCUCUUUGGUUUAA